AUGAACAUCUUAACAAAUAAUAUCGCUGAGUGCUUGCCAAUCAAAUCUAGGUUAGUAUCAGAGGGUUGCCGCAACAAAAUCAACUGGUUUGAUCACGAAUUGGCUCAUAUGAGAGAGACUUUGGAACUAAUAACACAAAUUAAUAAAGAUAAUCCCCAAGUAGUGUCAAAGAAGGAGAUUAAUGUCUUCAAAUCAAAGUACCGAUCAGAAAUCAGAAUUAGGAAAAAAUGCUCAUGA